AUGAAACCUUCCCAUUGUCAUCUUCACAUUGGCACAUUACCAUCCGAUGCAUCUGCAUUAAUCGAUUGUAUAGAGCAGCAUAAUUUUAUAUGUAAGCUGACGGCAUUGUUUCCUAAGCAGUUUACGCAGUCGUCGCACUACAAAAACGGAAUAAAUAAGGAGCUAUGUUCAGGUUAUUUGGUACAAGCUUCUUUGAACAAUAUACUUCAGUUCCUCCUUGCUGUUGAAAAUUUGGAAACUGAUGAUGGACCAUCGAUUCCAUAUUUAAAGCUGGUACUUCUUGAUCGGGAUAUCACACAUGAGGAUACUUUAUGCUUAGCGAAAGGACAAUUACACUUGCGUUUGACACAGCCCACAUACCAGUCGUCUGGCUUUGAAGGUAAGAAAUCGCAGGUUUCACAGGGAAAUAACGUUGUUCAUCAACAAUUUCACGACAUUACUAUAGACUUAACCAAAGGAUUGGAUAAGCAGCUAAAGCAACGCGAUAAAAACACCGCCAGAUUGUUCUGGUAUGCAGAGAAUAUGAAAAAUGUCAAAGAUAGGUAUUUUAUAUCUUGCGGAAAUUGUGAUUCUUUGAAUCUCAAACGAGUUUUAGAGCGGUUUGUUGACUCGUGCACGUUAAAGCAGAGUCAUGUCAGAUCCAUUGACCUUGGAUUGUGCAAUAUUCCGGAUCUCGAUGCUGCUUUUGUGGAUCCUAUCGGGAAAUCAUCAAUUGAUAAAGAAAAUCGAAUGUCGUCACUUGCCGAUACUCUCGAAUGGAUCACAUAUGCAUCUAUAGGCGGGCAGCAGCUUUUCCCAUUCGAUAGUACGGACGAUUACAUUUCAAGCUACAAAAGUCUGCUGGAAAAGAAAAGUGAAGCGAAGUUGCUCAAGGUUGAUUUUUCAGGAGCGCUUAUCGACACAGAACUAACAAUCACCACACUGCAAAAUUUGCUAUCAAGCAAUGGGUUGCCGUGGUUUGCUCUUCUAAUGUAUGGUGUGCGAGAUUGCAAUACCAGCUAUGGUGAAAGUACUGCACACGGCUUCUCCGAGGAUGGCUGUAAUGAUACAGUUCUUCUUGUAUCUCCUAGAUUGUCAAAAUAUAUAGCGUGGGAAAUUGUCGAUAGCAGUGACUCCCACCAUUAA